AAAUCCUUCUGUGACUGGAGGAACACGGGGUAGAUCACCCCCACAGCAGAUGGAACACAUUGCACGUUGCUAGUUAGUUGCUAUGUUGUAGCUAUUAGCACGGUAGCCAUUCCUUUGCUGGGGAGGGAGACUCGCCGUUUAAAGUUAGACACAAAAUUACGCCUUUCAUUUUCAUCUGUGUAUACCAAAAACAGCAAAUUGUAGCUCCUGUACAACGGAUAUCGCCGGGCAAACUUAGAGCGUGUCUUUUCCAUUCGCCGUUAGCUUAGCCAGCUAGUUAGCCAGCGUUAGUGCUACCCGAGUGAGAAGCGUCACCCGGCCGGCUGGAGGACCAUGGCGAUGAGACAAACCCCACUCACCUGCUCUGGUCACACCCGGCCUGUGGUGGACUUGGCCUUUAGUGGAAUCACCCCCUAUGGCUACUUCCUCAUUAGCGCCUGCAAAGAUGGCAAGCCCAUGUUGCGCCAGGGAGACACAGGAGACUGGAUUGGAACGUUUCUGGGUCACAAAGGCGCUGUCUGGGGAGCCACUCUGAACACAGACGCCACCAAAGCAGCCACUGCUGCAGCCGAUUUCUCUGCAAAAGUGUGGGAUGCAGUGAGUGGCGAUGAAGUCCUCACACUGGCACACAAACACAUUGUCAAGAGUGUCACCUUUACUCAGGACAGCACCUGCCUGUUGACUGGAGGCAACGACAAGCUUCUGCGGAUUUAUGACCUCGGUAGCCCUGAUGCAGCACCACAGGAGAUUGCCGGUCAUACUUCAGCCAUCAAAAAGUCCUUGUGGUCUAACAACGACAAACAGAUCAUCUCGGCUGCAGAUGAUAAAUCCAUACGACUCUGGGACAGGACCUCCAUGGAGGUGGUGAAGACGCUGGCCUUUGAUGCGUCCGUGAGUAGCAUGGAGUACGUGGCUGACGGGGAGAUCCUUGUUAUCACGUACGGCAAGACCAUCGCAUUCUACAAUGCUCUCAGCCUGGACCUGAUCAAGGCAGUGGAGGCUCCAGCUCCCAUCAACUCGGCAUCCCUCCAUCCAGAUAAGGACUUUUUUGUUGCUGGUGGCGAGGACUUCAAGCUCUAUAAAUUUGACUACAGCACCAAGGAAGAGCUUGAAUCCUACAAAGGUCACUUUGGUCCUGUGCACACUGUUCGCUUCAGCCCCGAUGGCGAGCUGUACGCCAGCGGCUCUGAGGACGGCACUCUUCGUCUGUGGCAGACCGCAGUGGGGAAAACCUAUGGCCUCUGGAAAUGUGUUCUUCCUGAGGACCUUGGAGCAGAGAACACUGAGCAGAUUUAUACAACGCCCCCUGAGAUAAAAGUCUAAAAAGAUGAAAAAUUAUUUGGAAAAUGCACACAGAGGUUGCAAAAAAAAACAACAAAAAAAACAGAACGGUGGUCCAGGGUUGUGGGUUCAGGCCCCAGCAAGGAGCGGAGUCCAGAGCAUCUCCAUCUAUCAGGAACUGAUGUGGAUAUUAUGGCUGACUUGUCGGUCCCAGACGUGUGUGCACACACACGGUUUAUGCAGGCAUGUGGACAAGGAGGACUACAGAGUAAAGCAGUAGAGCUUAUUGGUUGUUUUGUUCAUGGCUGCCUGCUUUCUCUCUGAUAAGCCGAGUUGUGUAUGUCUCCUUAAACAUUUGUCCUUUUAGUUGAUAUCAUAUUUCAGUAUUUCAUAACCAGCUAAAGACCUUUUAUGUUCUCAGUUCAUGGUCACAAUAUUGCUAACUUUGUGAGGAACUUUUGGCUUUAAGAGUUUGCAGUAGCUGCACGCCUUAAGAGAAAAAAAAGUUAAUUGUACAAGUAAAAGAAUGUUUUGUGACAAAGUGGAAAGGGAAAGAAACAAAAUGUCACUUUUUCUUUGGGUUUGUUUAUGAUCCAGUGGUUAAAUAAAGAAAUGUGUUUUAUUUCAAGGUAAUGCACACAAUUUCAGUGUGGCUUUAUUUCAUGUUGUAGAUAGAAUAUUAAUAUAAUAAUUAAUAAUUUUUAUCUUUUUAAAUAAAUUGGCACUUUCAUCCCCACUUAGAAACAAAGACAACUUUUUACUCUUACUUUAUAAACUUCUUAAAUCGUUUCUUCUAAUCCAAUUAUUUAUUUUUGCCGGUGCUAAUCCAAUUAUUUAUUUUUGCCGGUGAAUCCUUGUUAAAUAAAUUCAACACUGUUAGAUCAUUGGUGUAUUUGAACAAUUGUCUAAAUAUGCUCAAAUAUGGUAUACAACACACCUAAAACCAUUAUAUUGAUAACUUUCAGAUUGAUUGUUUUGAAAAGACAAAUUCUCAUAGUGCUUUUGUCCAUAGUGCAUAUUCUAAAAAUAAACUAAAUUCAUUAUUAAUUGCAUAUUUUUAGAUAUACACCAGGCUUAAAAACUAUGAAACAUGUUGAACAAUACUGGAAAUUCCCACUCAAUACAAUAAUUUAAAAUGAUGCGGUAAUUCUCUGGGGACCUUAUGAAUUAUGUCCCUCAUAAGAACACUAAAGUAUAGUGAAAUGUAUAUUAUACUGCUUUGUACUUGACGUGAACUCUUAAGAGGACACAUUUUAGUUGUCAUGUGACCAUAACAAGAUGCCCCACAAUAACAGCAUGUCAGUUAACACUUCUUUUUUUUUUUUUUUACUAAAAAACCCAUUUUAAUGCUUUGAUGAGAUGUUGAAUAUUAAAAUGCAACUGUUGCUAUAUUUCUAAAAUAAAUUUAUAUGAAACAAGUUGGGAAAAUAUUGCUCUCAGGCUAAUUCUCGCCUUGCUAUGAAAAGUUACUUAUUUGCCAAAAUGCUUGUAAGAUAUAAAUUUCACUUUUUCAAUGCAAGAGUACAUUUGUGCUAACGGGAGCUCGGUGAACUACAAUGAUCUGGCGAGAGUCAGGUUACAUUUGUGGUAGGCCUACAUAAAACGAGUUAUUUUCAAAUGACUACUUUAUCAGCGUAAUAAACUGGUAUUUCAGGGUGGGGAAAUGACAAAGGUUUUGCGUGUUUUCCAGUGAUCUAGUGCAUUGUUCACGGUGCUUCACUCUUUUUUUUUUUUAACAUUGUUACAGCUUUGUUUCAAAAUU